AUGAAAGAGACGAAGAUGAUUUCGUGUGACCCAUCGGCUCCGAAAAGACUUCAACGACCAAAUGAACGCUCCCCACGAAGAAGAAAAUGCGCCUCACAGAAAGACAUAUCCGUGGUUUCCCAAGCCGCGCGAAGGACGAUCAUAGAGGUAGGAAUGGAUGGCCAAGAAAAUCAGGGCGCGGAUCUCAAUUCCGCUGAUACUCGUGCUUACCUGGAUAAGACGGUUGUCCCCAUAUUGCUUCAGGGACUCACUAUGCUUGUAAAGGAGAGGUAUUCAAAUAAAUCAGGGUUGUACGGCGAUGAAGCAUCAGUAGUGAACAAGGCCAGUGGCGAGAUGGACCAAGUGGCUUGGGCGACCUGGCAGUAUCCCAGCCCUCGUGUAGCGUGGCAGCUAAUCACCGAAAGGGUGCUACAGCUGACGACUAUUUUAGGGCCAGUGGCGAAUGACUAUUCAGCUACGGAAAUACCCGAAGACGAUCUCGGACUUCGGGACGUGCGAAAGCAUAUUGAGGGCUCUCCAAAAGCUUCCAUACACAGCGCGGUGUCCGCCAAAGGUACCCACUCCGUUUCUAUGUGA